AUGACAGAUAAUGAACCGAGUAAAAAAGAAAAGUUUCGUCAAGAAACAAAAGAAGAAAGACGCACUAGAUUUAAAGAACGUCGUCGUCAAAAAGCAGAAUCAAAACUAGUUGGAUUUCGUCAAUCAACAAACUAUAUUGAUUCAGCAUUAACAAGUGAAUCAAUAUAUUAUAUUGAUUCACAAUCACCUAAAUUACGUAAAGUUUAUCCAUAUUUUUUUACAUGGAUAACAUAUGCAAAAGAACGUUGGUACGGACGAACUAUUGAAGAUGUUUUUCAAUAUGAAUUUCGUCGUGCUAUAUUAAAACAAAAUUUUGAUGAUCUUGUACGUAAUGGUCUUGUACGCAUAAAUGGUCAAUGUAUAGAAAAAAAUUAUAUUAUGAAAAAUGGUGAUAAACUUGAACAUUUUACACAUCGACAUGAAGUACCUGUGAUUAAUCAAAAAUUGAAUAUUUUAAUUAAUAAUGAAGAUUAUUUAGUUAUUGAUAAACCAUGUUCAAUACCUGUUCAUCCAUGUGGAAAAUAUCGAUUCAAUACUGUAUUAGCAAUACUUCAUUAUGACUAUCAGUUAUCUAAUCUACGUACUGUUCAUCGUCUAGAUCGUAUGACUUCAGGUAUAUUAAUCAUGGCUAAAUCAGCUGAAAAAGCCCGUGCCAUUGAUUUUAAUGCUGAUCGUUUAUCAAAUAAUGGUGUUAAUAAACUUUAUCUAUGUCGUGUACGUGGUGAAUUUCCUUAUAUAAAUCAAAUUGUUCGAGUUGAUCAACCAAUUGAAACAUUUUCAUUUCAACUUGGUCUUACUAAAAUCGGUGGUAAUAAACAAUGUCAAACAUUAUUUCGUCGUGUAACAUAUGAAGAAUUAAAACAACAACAAGAAAUUCAUGGAAAAUUUAUUUUUGAUUUAACUAAUGAAACAAAUGAAAAUAUUGAGACAAAAAUUGAUGAAUCAUUAUAUAAAUAUUUAGAUCAAGAUGAAAGAAAAACAAGUUUAGUUUUAUGUCGACCAUUAAGUGGUCGAAUGCAUCAAAUUCGUGUUCAUUUACAAUAUUUAGGUUUUCCAAUUGUUAAUGAUCCACUUUAUAAUGCUCCAGAUAUAUGGGGUCCAUCAAAUGGACAAUAUGGUCAAUAUGAACAUUCAAAUGAAUAUGUUAUUGAAACAUUUAUUAAACGACAUAGUUGUGAAUAUUGGUUAUUGAAUGAUAUUGACAAUGAUGAUGAAACAAUCAAUAUAAAUGGUAAACGAAUUAUGGAACAAGAUGAAGAACAUAUUAAUGAUGAUGUUAAACGAAUUAAAACUGAAGAAAUAACAACAAUUGAUGUAAAUGAUGAAAAUGCAGUUAAAGCAUACAUUAAAGAACAUUGUUUUGAAUGUUUAAAUCGUUUUCGUGAACCAUCACCUGAUGAUCUUGUUAUGUUUUUACAUGCAUUACAAUAUAAAAUUUCCGAUGUGACCACUUUUACUAGCUCAUUACCUGAAUGGGCUCAGAUUUAA